ACCUGUACUUCGAGGUAAGGACCUUUCAAAACCACACUCGAUGUUCGUAGCUAUGUUAUUGGGGCAUAAGAUUUUGUCCUGCGGUGUUCGUUCUAGAUUUUCACUAAUUAAUAAAUUCUGCUAAUGCAAUUUCUGCCUUGUCAUUGCAGGAACGUUCUAGUGGGUUCGGUUGUCAACUGCCGUAUCAGAAUGACUGCCAUAGGGCAUCGCCACUUCCAUGAGAUUGCAUCAUUGGUGCAGAUUCAAAUGUUCGAAUUGGAGCAUUAGUCCGCCAAGGCCUUCCAUAUGCUGGAGUGAAGGGCGUGAGCGCAAAGGAGACUCGGAAGCGAUACGGAUGCGGAAGCUGUACAGGCACGGAAGAAUGGUCGACUUGCAGGCAAGCUCUCACGGCUUUACUCUGAGGAAGCUGGUCCAAUCUUUCGUUUUUGGACUCCUCGAGGCGUUGCUAGUUUUGGGGAGGGCAUUCCGACUAUAUCGCGCCAUACUAUUGUUUCCACUUUCCGUUAAUAAUGUAAGUAUAUCUGACACAUCCGUUGUUUAAAGAACUUCCAUUUUCUAUUAAUUCCUUCGGUUAAGUCACUGACUAUUUCUCGACCUGCUUUGACUGGUGGCUCGACCGGAAAUUGGCCACCAUUCAAGAUAGGGCUGUCAACGGGUGGGAUCCGGGUCCUGUCUAGGUAGAAGCACUCUCGAAUAGAU